AGCUGAUUGUAUUCCGAUAUGCUGAAAGUUAUCUCAAAUUGGCCAAAAUUGAUGCUCCUGUAGCCUUUUUUUUUUCAGUCUUAUACAACAUCUAUAUAAUACUUCAGUAUGGGUAAAAAACCUUUCAUCGAUAAGAAAAAUGCCAAACAUUUUCAUGUGGUGCAUAGAUCGCAAAAGGAUCCGUUGAUUAAUGAUAGUGAAGCACCUGAUCGUGUUCUACAAGAAGUGUUGCCUGCUAAUCAAUUAAAGCACAAGACUCAGGAAGAGAUUGAUAGAGUUAAAACAAAGCCUAAGAAGCUAACACAAGAUGAAAUCGAUGCACGUAUUGGUCAAGCUGCUCAAUAUGGUAUUUUCUACGAUGAUUCAGAAUAUGAUUAUAUGCAACACUUGAGAGUCAUUGGUGAAUCCACAGAUGCCGUCUUCCUGGAAGCUCCCAAGAAGGAAAAGCCCAAAAAGAUGGAGAACGAUUCGUUUCUAAAGGAGGAUAAGGACGAAUAUAGAGAAAAGAAGAAUCCUCAACUUUUCGAAUUACCCAGCGAAGUUUUACCUUCGGCAGUAGAAAUGUCAGUUGGUGUGAUGAAUCAGUCCACGGGUAUGGAUGGCGGGUUACAACCUGACAUGGAUCCUCGAUUACGUGAAGUGCUAGAAGCUUUAGAUGAUGAAGAGUAUGUUGAAGAUGAUGUAGAUGACUUUUUUGAUGAGCUGAAUGCGGAAGGCGAUCCUUAUGUACCUGAGGAGGAAGAGGAUGAAUAUUUCGAUGAUGAAGUAGAAUAUUACUCAGAUUAUAGCGAUCGUCAACAACAGCAAUAUGAGGAAGGAGAGGGAGAGGGAGAGGAAGAAAUCAACCAAGAGAAUUAUGAUUGGGAAACAGCAUUUAGAAAAUUCAAGUUAAGUCAAAGUCAAAACAAAGCAACUGGCUCAGACAACGAUGACGAUAACUUUGAUCGACAUACCAAACAAACCGGAUUUUCGGUCUCUUCUUCAGCCAUGCACCGUAACCGUCAACUUCGUUUGUUGGAUGAUCGGUUUGAAAAAAUUGAAGAAGAAUACAACGAAGAUGAUGAUUUUGACGAAGACGAUGAAUAUUUGGACGAAGAAGUGGAGCAAAGAGAAGAUUUUGAUGCUAUUCUAGAUGAGUUUUUAGAAAAGUACGAAAUCUUGGGCAAGAAGAUGGAGCCGAAAUUAGAAGGCGAUUCACCUGCCUUACAGUUGGAAAGGAUUCGUCAAGAAUUACCCAAACCAGAUGUGAAGGAAGUAGAAGAUGCCGAAGAGAAAAAGUUUAAUAAGCAACAAGAAUCCGUGGCGUUAACAAGGGCUGCAUUGGAGGGCCUCAAUGGCAGUACUAAAAGUAAGCUGAAAAAGACCGAGGAUUAUAUUGGCUUAGAACGGCCUGUACAAAAGCAAAGAGCAGCUUGGGAUGUGCAAACUGUCAUUUCGACCUACUCCAAUUUGGAAAAUCAUCCAGCACUCAUUAGUGAUAGAGGGCUCUCACGAAAGAUCAGACUUGAUCCCAAGACCGGUAUGCCCAUAUUAGUGGAGGUAGACCGUAGAAAAAAGACGAACAGCAAGAUGAAUGAGACAUCAAUACCCGAGGAAGAUGAAGAUAAUGAAACUUCAGAAGAAGAGGAUGAAGAAGAUUAUGAGCCCGCUGAAAAUAAGGGUGUACCAAGAUCAAAACAUGAGUCCAAGGAAGAAAAGAAGGCGCGUAAACAGGCGGCGAAAGAAGCGAAAAAGGUAAAAUCAUAAAGAUGGGUUAGCCGUUUUCCGGAUUAUUCACUGAUGUCAUAUCUGCAACAAUUUCUUGAC